AUGAACGACGUUUUUCUCAACUCUGUCCAUCCACUGCCCGCAAUUCGGCCCAAGUCCUCCUCGUCUGGCCCCCCAGCCUCGACCAAACCCGGCCGCGCUUCUUCCAUUAAGAAACAUCAACCACAGACGCCCCUAAGUGCAGCCUUUGAUUCAAUAUCUCGGGCCAUAAAAGGCGCCAAUAAUCUUGUCUUGUCUCUUCGCGAUGGAUUAUCCGAGUUGGAACGGGAAAACAGGAGGAAAAAGGAGGAACGCAGGCUUGUACUCUCUAUUCACAUGAAAAACGCGGAAAGCAGGAAACAAUGGCAGGAAGCCGCAGAAGAGCUCGACAUUCUCGAGGAAAACGACCUGUGGAAGCUCAACCCAUACUUAGGGGAUUAUAACCCCGCCCUGAUUGAGGCGCGCCUCAAAGAACUCGACGAUGCGCGGACGAACUGUGACACCCGUGCUAUGAUGCACCUCGUUCGAACCGCUCUAUGCAGAGAUCUCGGGGGUAUGGGAAAUGUCGAUCUAUACAGGCACUCCUACGUAGGCACCAAGAGCCUCAUCGAACGAUACGUCGACUCGGCCAUGCAGACCAUCGAUGCCUUGGUAGAAAAGAGCCAGUUUUCAUUGCCUGAAGGCAUGGGCCAAAGAGACAUCCUCGAGAGCGUCUUGUACGCCCGUCAGAGCUUUGGUCGAAGCGCAUUGCUCUUGAGUGGAGGCGGGACACUGGGUAUGUCCCAUAUUGGUGUGCUCAAGGCCCUCUUCGAAGUCAAACUGCUUCCACGCAUCAUAUCAGGUGCCUCAGCAGGCUCCAUUGUUUCGGCCGUUAUUUGCACAAGGACCGACGAAGAGAUUCCGCGGCUUAUAAGGGAAUUUCCAUACGGUGAUCUGGCUGUCUUCGAUGCCGAGGAGAACCCCGACGGUGUCUUCGAUCACAUGCGGAGGCUACUGACUGAGGGAAGCUGGACCGAUAUAAAACAUCUGAACCGUGUGAUGCGUGGUUUGGUUGGAGAUCUUACCUUCCAGGAAGCGUAUAACCGCACUCGACGCGUCCUCAACAUUUGUGUUUCAACCGAGUCCAUGUACGAGCUACCGCGUCUCCUAAACUACAUCACGGCACCCAAUGUCAUGAUUUGGUCUGCCGUGGCUGCAUCAUGCUCCGUACCCCUGAUCUUCAGCGCUGCGCCGCUGCUCGUCAAGGAUCCCGAUACCGGCGAAUACAUGCCCUGGAACCCGACACCGCAGCGAUGGAUUGACGGAUCCGUGGACAACGAUUUGCCCAUGACCAGGCUUGCAGAGAUGUUCAACGUAAAUCACUUCAUCGUCUCUCAGGUGAACCCUCACGUCACCCCGUUUCUGGCUCGUGAUGACCAGCUGGACCCCGAUGAUUUUGCGGCACGUCAGUCCAGCUUGUCACCCAGCAAGCAAGAGCUUGACUGGGUCUACGCUCUGACGGCCCUCGCCAAAGACGAGGCGUUGCAUCGGUUGCACUUCCUUGCCGAGAUUGGUGUGUUUCCGAAUCUGGUCACUAAGCUUAGGAGCAUUCUCAGCCAAAAGUAUUCCGGCGACAUCAAUAUUCUCCCGGAAGUCAAUGUCCAUGAUAUUCCGAAAAUCCUCAGCAACCCGAACCCCGACUUCAUGCUGCGAGCUUGUCUGAUGGGCGAACGCGCAGCUUGGCCGAAAUUGAGCCGGAUUCGCGAUCGAUGCGCCAUCGAGCUUGCACUGGACAGGGCGGUCCAUCGUUUGCGAGCUCGCGUCGUGUUCUCAGAUAGUCAGGUUGACUUGAGGAGGCUCACCACCGGCAUUGCUCUACCGCCGCCAUGGCCCAAAUCCAUUGCGCUACCAAAACAGACGUCUUCGGUAGCUCCCGCUCUCACACUAGACACCGGAGUCGUGAAAAACCGGCAGCGUAGAUGUUCUGGUAGUAGCGUGCAACUCAUGGCGCAUCACAGGCGUCUAAUGGAGAAUGUUCUCACAGAUGAAGAGACGGAAGAGGAGGAACGGUUGGAGAUGCGGGCAAGGCAUGGCCAUGGCAGCUCCUCGCUUGUCAUUGUUCGCAAACCACGUCUGAAGAGGGCGGCAAAGAGCCAUUACAAUUUUUCGCUGGCUAGAGGACCAAUGACGAGCCCGAUAAAUCCGGCACAACUGGAGGCCACUGAGUUUGACUUUGGGAAGCCUGUAACCCCACCGCUGCACCGCUCACGAAAGUCGGAAACCUCUCUGUUCCACACCAGGAAACCGAGUAGCCUUGAUAUGACCCCGGCGAAAGAAAUCGAGUUGACGGCGCCGCCAUCGAGGGGCGAGGCAACUUCGCACACAGAUGAGAUGGAGACAUCAGACAUUCACACUUCUGACGGGGAUGUGGAGUCACACACAGAAGAUACAAUGUCCGACCCGGAUCCUUACGAGGGGAACUGGCUGCACGGGCCUUCGAAUGAGUUGGAAACGGACCCCAAGAACGACAAGGAGCUGCUCGAAGUCAGCAGCCACGGGAGGGUGAGCUCCUCGGACGAGGAAAAGAAGACGGAAAACGGCAAAGAAGCGCCCGAAGAAUCGACCGAGGAAGACGAUGUUCUCAGGUCCAAUUGGAUGAGCUGGGAUUAG